ACUACUACACCAGAGUGGCUGCGAAGCGUGUAUUAUUUCCACGCAUGCCCGUGCGCUCUUACUCUCUCCCGUUUGUUCUCCCAGAGGGGCGGACACUAAGCGGGCGCGCGACGGACUAUAAAUCCCUCCGGAGUGCCCGCGGAGCGCGGCUCGGCGCUGCUCGGCUGCGCGAUGAGGACGAGAAAGCCACGCGUGGUCAUGGAGACCGCUCGCCCCUCGACGCUCUUCUCUGUACGCGGGAUGUGACGGCGCGUCGAGGAAGGACGCGUCGGCGCGGGGGGAAAAACUAACAAUUUGUGCUACCCGUGGAGUGGGAGAUUGCCUCUUUGGGAUUCCCAGCGUGGAGAGCAGAUUGUGUUUCAUUGAUCCCCGAGGUCCAAAGUGCGCACACGUUCUGGAUCUGUGUGGCAUUUCAGCUGUUUUUUUUUCCACCGGUGGACAUAAAACUGUCGCGCAAACAAGUGGGGAUUUUUUUUUCUCGACCUUUUAUUUUGGGAUGCACUCGAGGACAACAUAUGACGUUUGGAUUUGAACCGCAGCGAGGUGCAGGUCUGCAUGGGCCAUCUUUAAGCUCUCCUCAUAGGAACUGAGUCUAAGAUGAAUUUAUGGGAUGUGGCGGCCAUGUGUUUGUUGCUCCUGAGCUCUGUCGCUACCCGGCCUCUCUACCAAAACAUCCAUCCAGCCAAGAGGACCUUGUUCCCUGCCAGCUACUCUGAUUCUGCACACCAGUCCGCGGAGGACCAGGGGGCCAACUUGUCGAUGCGCAGUGCCGAAAGCAACCUGCAGGAGAUAUCCAUGGAGGAUCAAUAUGACGCGAGUCCUUAUUCGGAGCAGUUUGCUGAUGUCAUGGACUUCAUCGAGGCGACAAUCGGCAGAUUGCGACGAUCCUCGGACUCCCGGGGCCCAAAGGAGCGGGAGCAAAGGCACAGGGGGGCGGCAAAAAACACACGAGGCGGAGGGAAGGCACACGGCGGCGACAGGAAGCGAGGUCGGAGCAGAGGAGGCGGGACCCGAGGGGCUGGCGGAGGCAAGGCGGGACGGGGCGAACGCGGACGGGGGAGGACGUCGGCCCGUGCCGGUCGAGGCUGCCUCCUGAAGGAGGUCCACCUCAACGUGACGGACUUGGGUCUGGGCUACCAGACCAAAGAGGAGCUGAUCUUCCGCUACUGCAGCGGCCCGUGCGCCGAGGCAGAGACCAACUACGACAAGAUCCUCAGCAACCUCAGCCACGGCAACAAGCUGGACAGGGACGCGCCCUCUCGCACCUGUUGCCGACCGGUCGCCUUCGACGACGACCUGUCCUUCUUGGAUGAUAACGUGGUCUACCACACGCUUAAGAAACACUCGGCUAAGAGGUGCGCUUGUGUGUGAGACUGACUCAAAAAAAAAAUCCUAAACAAUGGAACUUACAAAUAAUAUACUGUUACAUUUCCUCAUUUUCCUAACUGCGUUUUCUAAAAAAAAAAAAAAAAAAAGACAAAAACAA